GAAUAUAUCAGCUUGUUGAAUCUUCCGAGUUAUUAUCGAAAGCUGUUUUUGGACUCGUCAUGUGUGCGGUGCUUGUUGCCUGUUGCGGCUUGCCAGAGGGAAUAAUUAUCAAAGUCAACCUUGCUCACCGCCUUUUCUCGAACACAGGCUGUGCCUUCGACGGGUGGCAAGCAAUCGACAAUCGCGCUUACAUUUUAACUGUGUGCGAGAGGGUAUUUUUUCCUCCGCUGUAUGUGACUCACAAGUCGAGGCGUGAUGGUGUGCGUAUUUGUGCUGCACUAUGGAAGUCUGGAACACACGGAAGUGUGAGUUUGCUGUGCGGAGGCGCAUGUGCUUAGUUGAAUCCAAUCGUCGGACAAUAUUCUCGCGUUCCCCUAUGGAGAAGAAGCGGAAAUUAUGCUUCCCAUGCGUCGAUCGUGCAUAGACCAGUUUGAGUGUGUUUAUGUGCGUGUCUGUGUGUGAUUUCCAUAUGGAACGAAGGCGGCACAUGCAUGGAAUAUGAAUAGAAUAAUUAGAAUGCAGUUGACCAUCGCCAGCGAGGAAAGCAGCGUCACAACCAUAAGGCCCCAGCAGCAGCAGCAGCAACAGUACCAGCAGGAGAAGCACCAGUGUUUUGAGUGGCACGCAGCUAACAUAAACAAUCGGUUAGACAGUCUGAUCUUGAGCCCAGUUGCAGCGGUUUGUAAAGCAUUGCAUUUCGACCACAGCAGCGCCUUCUCGCCGGCAGUAUUAGCAUGAUCUAGCGGAGAAUCGUGGUACACACGAACACAGAAGGACGCAGACAGAGGGAGACAUCAACACAUUUCGCAAACAAACAGGCCUAUUGUUUUGUUGUUAUUGCGGUGUCGUUGUUGUGGUUGUUUUCUUACUCAACGUAUCCGGCUGGUGGUGUGUAGCUCAAUCCUGUGCGCUACAUUGCGUUGCUCAACCAAUUACCGUGCUCAAAGAUACUCCUAGACGUCGCAAAAAAAAUCAUCGGUUUUAUCUCUUGAAACCACCCCCAGUCGAUGUGAACGUUUUGAAGUGUAGCACCACUAAAAAGCAAUAUCAUCAUUAAUAUGCAACUCAACGAGCUGAUCAAAUGUCAAUUGUGAAGGAUGAUUGUUGAUUAACAAGGCGUACUGAAGCAAUGCUCAAGCAACUCAUCGCUGUAUUCUAGACUUUCCUGUAGGAAAACCCCGUUGAAAAUCGCGCUUCAUACCAGAAAGUGAAAAAAGAAGUUGAAUUAAACGAACCAUCACAAUUCCGGUUCUGCGAGCGAUUGCACUGCACCACAGCGGACAUUGCAUCGCGGGAAACGUAUCGUCGUGCAACAACACGACGUCGCCGAUCGUCGUCUUAUCAGCAAAGCAAUACAGAAAUUUCCCUCUACAGCUACAAGGCCCAGAAGGAGAGCAACCGUUCGCAUACCCGCCGUCGUAACAGUAGAACACGGCAACAACUAGGUGCAACAUUUAUUAAACGUGCCCCGAACCGAACGCGUUUCUCGUUGUGACCUUCCGCAGUGAAGGUGGCGCUUAAAAUUAACAUCCUCUCGUGAUCGGAACCGAUCAGUCAGUCAGCAAAGUACAUUCCGUGGUAGAUUAUGUGUUGUGUGUUUUUCAACAUUUUCGCCGUCGUCGUCAUUACCAUUAUCGGUGGCUUUUAAUGUGUACGUGCGUGUGUGUGUGUUUGUAUGGUGCUGUGUAAGAGUCGAUCGCGGAAGUUGUAGCUGCUCGUACUAAUCCCGUGUGUGAUCAAGCAAAAGCAUAUCUAGUACGAAAAGCUCGUAUAGGCCUCCGGUAGGAGUUAAAAGUGUAAGCAGUUGAGCCGGCUCUUUUGGGGUGUAUUCAAUAUACCCGGCUAGUGUUGUGUUUUGGUAAAUUGUCAGCUGAUCGUACAAAGAAUGAUAAGUGGCCUGCGAAGAGUGUGAAGGUUUUACUUGCACUUUACGUCACAGAGACGUCCUCUCUUGUUCCAGUGCUCUAAAGGUGUUGUGGUAUAGCAAGGCUUAAUAUACACCACGGCGUGAUCUAACUAAAGCCUCACACAUUUGGGUAUCUGUUACAAACCAACAAGUGCGCUGUUUCCACCCAUCUCCCAUCAUUGUGCGCCUACCUGAGUGAGGAGGUGCUUCAUCAACAGGCGUUGCGCGGAUAACGUUAAGCAAACAAACAGGAUAGCGUAAUCAACAACUCAGCGAAAAUGCGUGAAUUCAAAGUGGUCGUCCUGGGAUCUGGUGGAGUGGGAAAGUCGGCCCUUACGGUGCAGUUCGUUUCGGGCUGCUUUAUAGAAAAAUACGAUCCAACCAUUGAGGAUUUCUAUCGGAAAGAGAUUGAGGUGGACAAUUCUCCUUGCGUGCUGGAAAUUCUGGACACGGCAGGCACCGAACAGUUUGCCUCGAUGCGAGACUUGUACAUCAAAAACGGUCAUGGCUUUAUCGUUAUGUAUUCCCUAACAAACCACCAGACAUUUCAGGAUAUCGCGAGCAUGAGAAAUGUGAUCAGUCGUGUGAAAGGUAGUCAGCCAGCACCAAUCCUCCUAGUCGCCAAUAAGCUAGAUUUAGAUUGCCAAAGAGAAGUGUCCACGGCCGAAGGUAACGCCCUUGCGGAGCAGUGGGAUUGUCCGUUCAUCGAAGCAUCGGCGAAAGAUCGCAUCAACGUGAACGAAGUCUUCGCUACCGUCGUCCGAGAGAUGAAUAUGACCUCCGAAAAGCGCCAGAAGAAAAGUUACUGUUGUUGUACAUUAUUAUAGAACUGGCAUUAAGUCUAAUUUUUAACCUAAUUAAUAAUAAUAAUAAUAAUUAAUAAAAAGGAAAAGCGUCAACACACACACACACACAUACACACGCGCGCGACAAGGAAGGAAGGAAUAGAAGAAAAGCUCCGAAAGAGGGGAUUCCACAUGCGCAUAUGCAUGUGCAGCGCAGAUAAUACCACGAAGCUUAGGAAGUUAGGAGCGCUACACAGAGAUGGUUGAUGGAUGGUGGUUUAGUAACACAAAAGUUUAGGCUGUAAACUCCCGCCGUAGCUGGUGCUGUGUGAAGAAAAUGCACAAAUGCACAGAAAAAGGCUUCUGCUCCUACUACACCACCCCAACCCAGAAUGAUCUGAGGCAAUUAUUAGAAACCCUUUGUUCUGCUGCUCCUGCUGCUCCUUGGUUGUUGACUCCUCCAGUUAGCGGUAUUUUCUUUUUUGUUUUUUUAGUUUGCAAUUUUUGGCACAUUUUAACGUGGUACAGGUGCGGUCACAUGCCGCUGGCAUGCUGCAAUACCACCACCACCACCACCAGGGGGUGUAGUAAUAGGAGGAAAACCGGGUCAAGAUCACGAUCCCUGGAAAUGGGCGAGCAGCAGCUGCAUGGCAAUAAUGAAUGACUGAGGGCAUGAGGAAGAGCAAAGAGGUGUGUUGUGUGUGGGUAGGCAGGCAGGCAGCAUGACGCGCGUGUAGUGUGUUGUGUUGGGCAUUUGGAGAUGGCAAUGUCCCGGAAAACUUCCGGGAUCCGCAAAGAAACGAUAGAUUACGUGUGAAGGGAACUGUAAAUGCUCUAGUUUUGUGUGACUGUAUAUGUGCGUGUGUGUGUGUGUAUAAGCUGUAAUUGUAUGCAUCCAAAUUGAUGCCUCUACACAUGUGGAGCACUAAAAUGCUGCGCGUACAGCGGGGGAAGGAAGCUAGGGAAGCGAAAUAAAAUACUACAUGUAACAGAUAAUAAUUAUUAGUAAAACUAACACACACACAUACACACACACACACACACACACACACACAACAACACAUUAUGUAUAUGUGGAUGGGUAGUAGAAGAAAUGCGGCAAUAGCACGCACGCAACAGAACGGUAACGGAGAAGACGAAACAACAAACAAACAAAUCACACACAUACACACACACACACACACACACAUAAACCCCACCCCCCCCCCAUUCUAUAGAAACCUCCAAUUUUUCACCUCAAUGGCAAAUGUGGUGGUAUAGUGCGUGUGUGUGUGUGGGUACACAUACAUAAAUAUUUUCUUUGCGCGAUCCACUCAGGACGAGCGUACUCUUAAAAGGUUCUAAAUAUCCGCCACCAGGGCGCGGGUUAGGGCGCGACGAGGAGAUACCCUUAGGGCAAAAUGGGGGUCAAGGAGGAAGUCGGCCACACAUACACGGAUACCGGGCCGGGGAACGGUUCUCAAAUUUUUACAAACUAUUUUACGAAACACAACGGGAAUGAGACUGCAAGUGCACCAGAAAAGGCUGGGUAGAAAAUGUAACAUUUCAUUAGAAAGGAACAAACGAAAACAAACAAACAAACAAACAAACAAAACAUACCAAUUCUAUUUGUCUCUCAAAUACACGUACACAUACACACACACAAACAGAUGUUCGGACAGAAACGGAUCAAUUCGAUAGUUACAAAAUAGCGGACGGCUGCUGCUAACGAUUCCGAAUGCCGGAUGUGGCGGAAACGCGAACAGAUUAUUAUUGCACACGAACGGGAACUAUACAUCCGUGGCAGGAAAGGAAAAAAGGGUCAGUCGGCGGCUUAAAGAAUGGUGUAUGCAGCGAGGACGGAACUCUGGCACAGAGGGAUAACAGAGAUGUAGGAUUUAAGUUUGUUUGUUUGGCUUUCUGUUCUUUUUUUCGGUUGCUGUUGUUGUCGCUUGGACAACAUCCAUCCGAUUCGUUGCGCUGUUGCUUACUCGUGCGUGUGUCCUCCCCGUUGGCGCACCGCGGGUCUUGAGUGUCGCUGCUUAAUAAUGUAAUCUUUGUAGACAUUUUACAUGUAAUACGAAAAUAUGUGCCAUUUCACGAUGGCCUGGUACACAGGAAGCUUCCCUCUGCUUCUUCUUUCUUUGCAAACCACUAACAACCACGCUCUUCUAUGCUGCAGUUAGGGUGUCCCACUGAGACGGUUGUCCCCCAAUUCGGCAAGGUGGUAGGGCAGGGAAGUGAAGAUCUGGCGGCUUUUGCUUUGUUCCUAGCAGAGAUCGGCUCGUCGUCCUGUUGCCAACGCCCAACGUGGCGAUGGCGGACCUGGUUGACGAUGCUAAUGUGAUAGCGAAUGCUACGGAAACGUGAAAUACGUUGCAAAUCAAUGACGCUCCCACCACAUCAAAGUGGGCCAUGCAAUCGUGGAAUUGUUGUGUAGCUAUGGUAGGUGCUUAGCAACACAAGAACAGCGAAGUUGGUUUAACAGUUAGUAAUUUCGAGCCUAGUUUAAAGUGUGGUGUGUUGUGAGCGAUACGAACGACAGGCAUAUGGGCGGGCGCGCCCACCGUCGUUCCGUCCCGUUUUUCUCUACCAAGGUACGUACACCAAAAAAAAAAAAACAAACCGGAGGAAGCGAGCGCAAAAAAAGAAACGAUCGGGAUGAUCGGCCGAAAUUACACAACGGGCACGGGAAAGAGAGAGCGUAAAGGCAAGGCAGCGCUGGAAAUUCAUAAGUAGUAACACAUGCAUACAUAUUAUUAGGCGUAAUUUAGGAAAGAAAAGAAGCAGACGGUGGUCCUGCCUCCCGCGGCACACCAUCCCGGGAACGCAGAACACACAUCCUUCGCGCGAGAAGCAAGAAACGCUAGGGAAGCUAGGACGAGGGCAAGUAAAGAAGGGAUCGAUCAAUAAGAAACAGACUAUUUUUAUCGUAUCAAAUUUUGUAUACACAGGGCAGGAAUGUAAAAAAGAAACUAUUAUAGCGAGCAAACAAAUGAAACGAUAUGUGUGUGUGUGUCCGCGUGUAUGUGUGUGCGUGAAGGAUGGAUGGUAUGGGAGAAGGAGGAGGCUUACCUACACUAACCUGUAUCCCAGCUACCGGACACAUUUCCGCACGAUUGAGGAAGCACGCUCUUGCGGAAGACAGACGGAUGGAUUUUGAGGAAGCGUGAAUGAGGUGAGGAGGGUAGAAAAUGGUGCGCUAAGUUACAAUAAAGUAAAAUGUACGUGAACUGUA